AUGGCUUCCACUUUGAGUACUGUAAAAGAGUGGGCUGGUUCAAAUGCAAGCAUUGCUUCCAUUACAGGAUCCAUGCAAAAUAUGUUGGACCCUUCUAAAAUGAUGUCCAUGCAAGAGGAUGCACGCACCCACAAAAUAUCAGCUGAAAUCAUGAAGCACUCUCUUUACAAGUCUGUGGCGGGUCCAAGUCGUCGACGAUUCAGAUCACGAAUGGCAUACAGUCAAACAUGGUCUGAUGACCCUAACUCACUCAACCAGUCAAACAGCUGGUACCCUCGUUAUUACAUGUCCCUUCCACAGACACCUGUUGAAAGUGGAAGAACAUCACCAGUCUCAAGCCCUACCAGAAAGUUCCCUAACAGAUUUUUCUCGAGAGGCACAACACCCAGAUGUUCAUCACCAAUUCAAAUUGUUGAGGAAGAUGAAGAAUCACAAGGAUUGGCCAGCAUUUUGAAACCUCGACCCAGAUUCAUUAGAGCCAAUCAGAAGUCGCAGAGUGAUCUUAGUCAGAUGAAUGAUGUUGCUGGUUAA